UUAUAAACAAGAACCCCACCCUACAACCCUAAUCCACCGCGCGGUCCAAACUCUCCGUGUCUCUCGCGGCUCCUCCUCCUCGAUCCGCCCUCACUCUAUUUGGAUCAACAAAUAUUCUUCCAUCUUCACUCUGAUGGCAGAUUCCGGGGAUGCUGGUUUGGCUAUGUGUGAACAUCGAGAAACAUAUGAAGUGGAACCAAAUGAUGGGUGUAGAUUGCUAGAGAGUUAUUCCGGGAGAGAAUUGGGCAUCUCUUGUCAUGACCUUUCUAUACAGGAACCAUAUGAAGGCAUGGAGUUUAUAUCCGAAGACGCUGCUAAAAUAUUCUACGAUGAAUAUGCCCGACAUGUAGGAUUUGUCAUGCGCGUGAUGUCUUGUCGACGCUCAGAAAGAGACGGUAGGAUUCUUGCCCGCAGGCUUGGGUGUAAUAAGGAGGGUCAUUGUGUUAGCAUACGAGGGAAACUCGGGCCAGUUCGGAAACCAAGGGCCAGCACAAGAGAAGGUUGUAAGGCAAUGAUUCAUAUCAAGUUUGAUAAGUCCGGAAAAUGGGUGAUAACAAAGUUUGUGAAAGAUCAUAAUCAUCCAUUAGUAGUCUCUCCACGCGAAGUGCGCCAAACAAUGGACGAGAAGGAUAAGAAAAUUCAGGAACUAACAACAGAGCUUCGGAUGAGAAAACGGUUGUGUGUAACAUAUCAAGAACAAUUAACUUCUUUUAUGAAACUUGUUGAAGAACACAAUGAGAAGCUGUCUACAAGAAUUCGUCAGAUACUUGAUAAUCUUAAAGAAUAUGAAUCCAGAGAAGAGCUUUUGCAUCAGACAUAGCCCUGCAUCAUGUGUAAGUGUUCAUAAUCCACCAUGACGCGUAACAACGAUGAAACAAAUGUUUAGAAAAUGAAAGUUGAACAAGCAUCAAGCAAGAUUAUGAGGCAGAAAUUGGAUUUUCGGGAAAUAGUUUGAGAAUUAUCUUCUCCCUCUAGCAAGAGAGUCAAAUAGGGAAUGGAUUUUGUUGUUGGAAAUAGUCAAUAAUAGUAAGAAUUUUGUUGUUGGGAAGGAAUUGAAGGCAUUAGAAGCUUAGCAGAAUUCAAUUAUUCCCAAAGUUUUCUUGUUAGUUGUUACUAUAAAAGUUGAGGAAAUUAUUGAUGA